AUGAAUGACGCUAAAGCCGGCAACGGCAACGAGAAGCUCGUAGUGGAGGUAGUGGGGGCACACAAUCUCAUGCCAAAAGAUGGUGAAGGCUCUUCUUCUCCUUUCGUGGAAGUCGAGUUCGAGAACCAACGUCUCCGAACUUUGGUGAAGACCAAAGACUUAAACCCCAUCUGGAACGAGAAGCUCGUCUUCCAUGUUAUCGACGCCAACGACCUCGCCAACAAAACCCUAGAUAUCAGCGUUUUCAACGAGAAGCGUUCCUCCAACACCAGAAACUUUCUGGGUAAAGUUAGGGUUUUGGGGUCUAGCAUUGGAAGAGAAGGAGAAUCAGUUGUUCAGCUGCACACGCUCGAAAAGAGAAGCCUUUUCUCGCACGUGCGAGGUGAAAUCAGCGUCAAACACUACCUCACCACAAUGGCGGAGAACGGUGAGAAUCUUCGCCGGGUUAGCGGGUCGGGUGGGUCAAAGAAAAGCAAGAAAGUACAGAAUUUGAGCUCUUCCAUGUCGAUUCAACAACAGCAGCAGCAACAGCAACAGAUAUCUCUUCACAAUCACAACAGAGGAAAUCAGCAACAGAAUCAGCAGAAUGGUCAAGGACAGAUGAUGCUUCCGUUAUAUCCGAACCAAGGUGAGAUAAAGCCUCUCGUGAUAACCGCUCUUCCCACUCCAAUGCCCGGACCAGGACCCAGACCCGUCACUUACCCAAACGGCUCCAAUGAGUUUUCACUCAAGGAGACAAAGCCUCGUCUUGGAGGAAGUGGUAGUGGUGUUGGCGGUUUGAGUAGUCACAAGGACAAGACAAGCUCAACUUACGAUCUGGUUGAGCAAAUGCAGUAUCUCUAUGUUAGAGUCGUGAAAGCUAAAGACUUGUCUGUAUCCGGCGAUGUCGUGUCGGAAGUGAAAUUGGGUAAUUACAGGGGAGUCACUAAAAAAGUGAGCUCGAAUUCGAAGAACCCCGAGUGGAACCAAGUUUUCGCCUUUUCUAAAGAAACCAUUCAAUCCUCUGUAGCUGAGAUUUUCGUCAAAGAAGGUAACAGAGACGAGUAUACGGGUCGGGUCUGGUUCGACUUAAGUGAAAUCCCAACCCGGGUUCCUCCGGAUAGUCCGUUAGCUCCGCAAUGGUACAAAAUAGAGAGCAGAAACGGCGGUAGAGGCGGCGGAGAGCUUAUGGUUUCGGUGUGGUUUGGGACUCAAGCUGACGAGGCCUUUGCUGAGUCAUGGCAUUCAAAGGCUGGAAAUGUUCACAUUGAAGGACUUUCGUCAAUCAAAUCGAAGGUUUACUUGUCUCCUAAGCUUUGGUACCUUAGGGUUUCAGUGAUCGAGGCUCAAGAUGUUGCAAUCAUGGACAAAGGACCAGGUCUCAUGCGGUUCCCGGAGCUUUCCGCAAAGCUGCAAGUGGGGAAUCAGAUUCUUCGGACUGCGGUCUCGUCUCCAAACCCAACGCAGAGCUUUUCGAAUCCGUAUUGGAACGAGGAUUUGAUGUUUGUGGUAGCAGAGCCGUUUGAGGAUUACAUUACAGCUAUCGUUGAGGAUCGUGUGGGUGGUGGUGCUAUGGGAGGACAAAACGACGUCGGUGUCGGGAGGGUUCAGAUUCCGGUUUCUGCUGUUGAGAGACGAACCGGGGACAAACCAGUUGGUUCAAGAUGGUUCAGCUUAGAUAAUGGUAGCAACAACAACCGGUUUGGUUCAAGGAUCCAUCUCAGAUUGUCACUAGAUGGUGGCUACCAUGUUUUGGAUGAGGCUACAAUGUACAGUAGUGAUGUUAGACCGACAGCGAAAGAGCUAUGGAAACCGCAAGUUGGGCUUUUAGAGAUUGGGAUUCUCAGUGCCACGGGUCUGAUGCCAAUGAAGGUUAGAGACGGGAAAGGCGGUGGAACAGCAGACUCGUACUGUGUGGCUAAGUACGGGCCAAAAUGGGUCAGAACAAGAACCAUCGUGGACAGUCUUUGUCCGAAAUGGAAUGAGCAGUACACUUGGGAAGUUAACGACCCGUGCACGGUUGUAACAGUGGGUGUGUUCGAUAACGCACGUGUGGAUGGGAACAAUGGUAACUCGCGCGAUGCACGGAUUGGGAAGGUUCGGAUUAGGUUGUCGACGCUAGAGACGGGAAGGGUUUACACGCAUUCGUACCCGUUGAUUGUGUUGCACGCUACGGGAGUGAAGAAAACGGGUGAGCUUCACUUAGCGGUUAAGUUAUCGUGCGGUAACGCUGUAAACAUGCUUCAGAUGUACACGUUACCGCUGCUUCCUAAGAUGCAUUAUACACAGCCGUUAGGCGUUCAUAUGAUUGAGCGUUUGCGGUAUCAGACGCUAAACGCGGUGAUCGCGAGGUUGAGUAGAGCUGAGCCGCCAUUGGGUCGUGAGGUUGUGGAAUACAUGCUUGAUCACGACUUACAUGUUUGGAGUAUGAGAAGGAGCAAGGCUAACUUUUUCAGGCUUGUAAACGUGAUUUCCGGUUUGGUCGCGGUUGCGAGAUUGGUUGAAGUUAUGAGAAGUUGGACUAAACCGGUAUGCUCAACGGUUUUCGUUGUGGUGUUCUUGUUUGUGGUUUUGUAUCCGGAGCUUAUAUUACCGGGUUUGUUUCUCUACGCGGCUGCGGUUGGUGUUUGGCGUUUUAGGCGGCGGCCUAGACAUCCUCCACACAUGGACGCGCGCAUAUCGCACGCGGAGACCGUGUUUCCCGAUGAGCUUGACGAAGAGUUUGACACGUUUCCGACGAGCAGGGGAUUUGAGGUUGUGAGAAUGAGGUACGAUCGUGUCAGGAGCAUCGCCGGGAGGAUUCAGAUGGUGGUUGGUGACAUGGCGAGUCAGGGAGAGAGAGCGCAGGCGUUGCUGAGCUGGCGUGAUCCACGAGCUACGUUUCUCUUCUUGGUGUUGUGCUUAUUUGCAGCGGUUGGAUUUUACAUGGUGCCGCUUAAGUUGACAGUGGCUGUUUCUGGUUUGUAUUAUCUGAGACCGCCUCGAUUUAGGAGGAAGCUACCGUCGCGUGGGCUCAGCUUCUUUAGGCGGUUGCCGUCAAGAGCCGAUAGCUUGCUUUAG